UUUGUCAUUUACUGUGAAAACAAGACCAGCGAACGAUAAAGUAGAAAAAAUAACUAAAAUAAGUUAGUUAUAAUUAAUAGUUAAGCAUUUAGAGGCACUGUGCACGCUAAACUCGAGCUUUGAACAUGGGUGGGGUGCUUAGCUAUUUCCGUGGAUUGCUUGGCUCCAGGGAGAUGCGCAUUUUAAUAUUGGGCUUGGAUGGCGCCGGCAAGACAACCAUACUCUACAGGCUGCAGGUGGGUGAGGUAGUCACAACGAUACCCACGAUUGGCUUCAACGUGGAGCAGGUCACAUACAAAAACCUCAAGUUCCAGGUUUGGGACUUGGGCGGACAGACAAGUAUUAGGCCAUAUUGGCGCUGUUAUUAUAGCAAUACAGACGCCAUCAUUUAUGUGGUGGACUCAGCAGAUAGAGAUCGAAUUGGUAUUUCCAAGGAUGAACUGCUAUAUAUGCUGCGCGAGGAGGAGCUAGCUGGCGCGAUACUUGUAGUGCUUGCCAAUAAACAGGACAUGGACGGCUGUAUGACGGUAGCCGAGGUACAUCAUGCAUUAGGUUUGGAAAAUCUUAAAAAUCGCACAUUUCAAAUAUUCAAAACGUCGGCCACCAAGGGUGAGGGUCUAGACCAGGCAAUGGACUGGUUAUCCAAUACGCUACAAAGCCGCAAAUAGUCCUGUCCCCCACGUUUAGCCUGUCCCCUUGUAAAAUUGUCCAAAGUGUUGUCACCUCGAGGAUGUCGGAAGUUCUUUAACGCUUGCGCAAAAACCCAAAACACACACACGCGAAAAACACACACACACACAACUUUGUAAUAACU